GGUCGCGGCCGCCGCUGUCUCGCCGAGGGAAGGCCUGGGCGUUCCUGGAGACUGGGGCUGCGGGCGGUGCGGCGGAGCGGGCCGGAAGGCCGGAAUGAAGCCCCCCGGAGGGGCCUGAGCGAGGCCGUGCGGGCGUCCGGGCGGCGGGCGCACGGCGGGCCGCGGCGGCGGCGCGGACAUGGCUCACCUGCGGGGCUUCGCGCACCAGCACGCUCGAGUGGACCCCGAGGAGCUCUUCACCAAGCUGGACCGCAUCGGCAAGGGUUCCUUUGGGGAGGUGUACAAGGGCAUCGACAACCACACCAAGGAGGUGGUGGCCAUCAAGAUCAUCGACCUGGAGGAGGCUGAGGACGAGAUCGAGGACAUCCAGCAGGAGAUCACGGUGCUCAGCCAGUGUGACAGCCCCUACAUCACGCGCUACUUCGGCUCCUACCUGAAGAGCACCAAGCUAUGGAUCAUCAUGGAGUACCUGGGUGGUGGCUCUGCGCUGGACCUGCUGAAACCAGGCCCUCUGGAGGAAACGUACAUUGCUACCAUCCUGCGGGAGAUUCUGAAGGGUUUGGACUACCUGCAUUCAGAGCGCAAGAUCCACCGAGAUAUCAAAGCUGCCAACGUGCUGCUCUCAGAGCAGGGUGAUGUGAAGCUGGCCGACUUCGGGGUGGCCGGGCAGCUCACAGAUACACAGAUCAAGAGAAACACAUUUGUGGGCACCCCGUUCUGGAUGGCUCCUGAGGUCAUCAAGCAGUCUGCCUACGACUUCAAAGCUGACAUCUGGUCUCUGGGCAUCACCGCCAUUGAGCUGGCCAAGGGGGAGCCGCCCAACUCUGACCUCCACCCUAUGCGCGUCCUGUUCCUGAUUCCCAAGAACAGCCCCCCCACCCUGGAGGGCCACCACAGCAGAGCCUUCAAGGAGUUUGUGGAGGCCUGUCUCAACAAGGACCCCCGAUUUCGGCCCACCGCCAAGGAACUCUUGAAGCACAAAUUCAUCACACGCUACACCAAGAAGACCUCCUUCCUCACCGAGCUCAUCGACCGCUACAAGCGCUGGAAGUCUGAGGGCCAUGGAGAGGAGUCCAGCUCCGAGGACUCCGACAUCGACGGUGAGGCUGAGGACGGAGAGCAGGGCCCCAUCUGGACGUUUCCCCCGACCAUCCGGCCCAGUCCGCACGGCAAGCUCCACAAGGGGACAGCCCUGCAUGGCUCCCAGAAGCCCACCGAGCCUGUCAAGAGACAGCCCAGGUCCCAGUGCCUGGCCACGCUUGUCCGGCCUGUCUUCGGAGAGCUCAAAGAAAAGCACAAGCAGAGUGGUGGGAGUGUGGGUGCCCUGGAGGAGCUGGAGAACGCCUUCAGCCUGGCAGAGGAGUCCUGCCCCGGCAUCUCAGACCAGCUGAUGGUGCACCUGGUGGAGCGCGUGCAGAGGUUCUCACACAGCAGGAACCACCUGACGUCAGCUCGCUGAGCAUCAGCCUGCUGAACGAGCUGCUCUUUGUGGCGAGGAGGAGAAAGAAAGGUUUCUGUUUGGAGCUCGGAAAGGACCCUGCUGACCUGGGCGCUCCCUUUCGCUGACUGCAGAGACCAGCCCGGCCGGCCUGUAGACCUCACGCAGGUCUCCUUCCUGUUCCCCAUGUAGUGUGCCGCCCCCCGCGGCAGCCGCCCGCCCAUGUCUACUCUCCUGGCUUGGCUGAAGCAGCACCUCUGGCAGAGAGCCCACGGAGAACAAGGUAGCCACUCAGGGGCCCUGGCCCUCACAGCCUUCUCUCCAGUGCAGGCCACGCCCUCUGGACCUGGCCUGCCUGGCUGCCAGAUCCAGGAGCAGAGCAGCUCUCCAGGGGCCCGUCCCCCAACCCUGGGGGCCUUCUCCUAAGGGUCCAUGGUGGCCUGGCCUGGUCCUGGAUGUUCCUCCUGGUAUGGGGUCAGAGGCUUCCUCUUCUCAUGAGUACUCAAGUCAUCCAGAAUGUUUGUUUUUUUAAGCAAUUUGAACUUAUUCUCAAGUGUUCUGAGGGGUAAAGUGUGAGUUUUCAUAGAGCACUGAAGGUCCCACCAUUUUAAAUAAAGACCUGGAUUG